AUGACAGGCCUCACGACCAUCAUAGCUGGCCUUCUGCUCCUGGCCCUGUGUACCCACUACAUUGCCCUUUUAGGCUCUGUGAUCAUCUCCUCUUCUUGCUGCAAGACCUUUAUUUCCAAGAAAACUGAGAACAGAAUGGUAAGCUACUAGCUGUCCAAUAGGAGUACCUGCCCCCAAGUAGGUUUAUACUUUGCCACCAAGCAGGGCCAGAAAUUCCGUGGUGACCCUGAGAAGCACUGGGUCCAGAGGUACAUGAAAAACUUGAAUGCUAGGGGGAAGAGACACCUUGCCAACAGCUCCAUGUAG